GCGAGAACCUCAGCCUCUGAUGAACAAACUAGUCUCUUCAAAGCUUCCGGAUCGUUGCCAACGAUUUUCAGAUUUUCUGAUACAAAGACGGUCUUGUCCAUAUAUCCAAAUAAGGGCGGCCCCACUACUCUUAUCUAUUUCUUGUAUGUUAUCUGUUGCUCGUUGAAGUAGAAGAAAAAGUUUUUGAAGAGAAUAGGGAUGUCGCCGGAGGCGUGUCUCCACCGUUACCAUCCUCAUCGCAUGGUUGUACCACCAGUCUUCUGCUCCCGUAAUUCUUUUCCUAUCUCAAAUAUUCGAAACCCCAUAGAAAGGCCUACGCCAUCGCUGAGGAAGAGAAUGCUAAUAAUGGUAGCAUCGCCUCCGACAUCAACGACCAUAACUCGUACGAGACUACCGGCUUCAGCUGCGGCCCUUUCAUCCCCACCACCCCUCGAUUUGACGGAAGACAGCGUUAUGCAGGUUCUGCUCGAAGCUCGCGCCGAGCUGGGGCAGAUCUUCGACACUUCCGUUGGCAUGACAGGAAAAGUUGAACUGGCCGAGUUAGAUGGACCUUUCGUGAAGAUUAGACUCAAAGGUCGGUUUUGGCACAAACGUAGCACUGUUCUCGCCAGAGUCGGUAAUUAUCUGAAGCAGAGAAUCCCUGAAAUCUUGGAGGUGGAUAUAGAAGAUGAGAAACAGUUGGACGACAGUCCAGAAAACUUUUGAGCAAUUAUUUGGAGAUUCUUAUGUUGUCGCAUUGGUUCUUUCCUCUCAUUUUGCCUGAAUUGGUGACAUACAAGCCUUGGUAGGUGGUAGCCAGCAAUUUGUCUACCGGAUGCACACCCUACCCAUUUCCCUUCUUCCAUCAUUUGAAUCUUCAGCUGCCUUGAUCCACUCCAAUCCCCCUUCCUCUGGUAUGCAUUUUAUUUCCUUGUAGAGAGAGAGAGAGAGAGAGAGAGAGAGAGAGAGAGGCAGCUUGUAAUGUGAGGUUUAUUACAAAAUACAGGCUCUUGUUAGAUGGCACAUGCAAUUUAUGUGUUUAUAUGUAUGUACGUUGAAAACAUUUGUAUUCUUCUGAGACUCCAAUAGAAGCGAGGGUUCAUAAAUAAGAUUAACAAUAUGCCAUUAUCUUUUUUAA